AUGGGCAACUAUAGCUCAGCCCUCACUCCUGACACUGAAGAGUUUGAUUCAAUUGUGUCAAUGGCGGAGAGGCUGAAUGAGCAGGUAACACUUACGAUGGAGGCGGAAAGCAAAGAAAACCAGAGUGAAGAGCUGGAUUCUUCAGCACAACAGGAAAACUCUAAGGAAACAACAGCGAAUGGCCCUGUCCUGCCUGCAGCUGAACCCAAAAGUGCACUCACACAACCCUCUCUUCCCAGUGCCGCGCAAUCCUUCUCGUCUCUUCUACCAAAAGCUCUCGCUGCUGUUCUUCAAGCGACGCGGACCCCGGGCCACAGCUCCCGCCCUCAGCACAGCAGAAACCCACAAAAUCUGCAACAACUACAGACAGAGCUGAGAGAGCUGAGGGGUGACUUUGAACAAAUGAAGAGUCAGCACAACAAAGAAAUUAAACUGCUGAUGAAUGAGCUAGAUGAGGAGAAAAGGAUUCGCUUGACUUUACAGAUGGAGAUACAACGUAUGAAGAAGCACAUGUCUAAAUGA